UGUUUCUAAAUUGUAAACGUGGUCUUAAGGUUUUGAACAACCUAAAGAGUCGUAAUAACCUUUGGCAAGAUGCGCUGCUACUACGAGGAGCUCGGGCUGCAACGAGACGCCAACGAUGGCGACAUCAAAACAGCAUAUCGCAAACUAGCGCUUCGAUGGCAUCCCGACAAGAAUCCAGAAAGUUUGGCUGAGGCCAAGGAGAAAUUUCAACUAAUCCAACAGGCUUAUGAGGUGCUCUCGGACGCGCAGGAACGCUCCUGGUAUGACAACCACCGUGAGCAGAUUCUGCGGGGAAAGAAUUCCGAGUAUUCGGAAAACUGCCUGGAUGUGUUCCCAUACUUCACCAGCUCCUGCUACAAAGGCUAUGGCGAUGAUGCGAAGGGUUUCUACAAAGUCUAUGCCGAUGUGUUCGUCCAGAUUGCCUCCGAGGACAUCGAGUUCAUGGAGAGCGAUGACGAGUUGGGCUGCGCACCGGCUUUCGGCAAUUCGGAGAGCAACUAUGAGGAAGUGGUGGGCCCGUUCUAUGCCUACUGGACGGCCUAUACCACCAAAAAAACAUACGAAUGGCUGUGCCCGUACGAUGUGAGGGAGAUCAAGGAACGUUUCAUCCUCCGCAAGGUAGAAAAAGAAAUGAAAAAGAUUGUUCAAGGUGCCCGCAAGGAGCGCAACGAAGAGAUUCGUAAUUUGGUUAGCUUUGUGCGCAAGCGGGAUCGCCGCGUUGCGGCCUAUAGACGUGUACUGGAGGAGCGAGCCGAGGCCAAUCGCCUGAAGCAGGAGGAGAAGCGACGUGAGCAGUUGCGAAAACGCAAAGAGGAGCUAGCCGCCGCCAAGGAGAACAAAGUCUUUAACGAGGGCUACGAAGAGCAGCUAAGGCAACUGGAACAGGCUUACGGCAGCGACUCAGACGACUACACGGAUGAAGAAGAAGAAGAUAGCGACUGCUCUGAGGCAGAUAGCGACGACAAUUUGGAUGCCGAGGAAACCGAGUAUGAACUGGAAUAUGUGGACGACCUGUACUGUGUUGCCUGCAACAAAUCAUUCAAAAAUGCCAAGGCGCGAGCCAAUCACGAGGAGAGCAAAAAGCACCGAGACAAUGUGGAACGUCUGCGCCAGGAGAUGGAGGCCGAGGAGGAGGCCUUCAAUGAUGCCUCUCCCGAAGAUAGUCUCAAUGAUGUCGAAGAGACACUGGAUGAAAUACAUCUAAGCGAUAAUCUGGGGGACACCCAAGUGGAAGAGGCGCUUAGUGAAGAAGAGUCCGCGGCGAUCAAACGCAACAAGAAGAACAAAAAGUCAAAGAAAGCUGUGGCAAAGCAACAGCAAGAAGAGGACAGCGAUGUCUCCGAUGAUCAUAUUCAGCUUAACCAACCCAAAAGCGAAUCUGAAGACGACUGGAGCAAAGGAAAAAAGUCAACCAAGAAGAGCAAAAGCAAAAAGUCUGCGACCAACAAGGGAAAGUCUUCUGAUCAAGUGUCCGAUCCACCAAGGGAAGUCAAAGUUACACCAGCAAUCGUAGUCAACAGUGAGGAGCGAGAAGAUCCCGACGCCGAUCCGACAAAGCCCCAGCACACUUGCGUCACCUGUCGCCUCGUAUUUGACUCGAAGAACAAACUGUUUGCUCAUCUGAAGAAGACAAACCACGGCGUCUACAUCCCAAAGGCCCAGCCGGAUGUUGUAGGCAAACCGCCAGGCAAAGCCAAGGGCAAACGCAACAAAUAGAAGCAGUUGGGGAGCAUGGCACUUCGGCAGAUAUUGUACACUAUAUUGUAGAAAUGUUAGAGGUUUAUUUAUGCUAAAAAAGUUACAGUAAAUUCGAAAAUGAUGUUAA